AUGCCACGUUGGUCAACCAGGGUUUCGCGAUCUACCAACACUCCCGAUUCUGACAAUCCCCCCUCGAGGAUUCAAUCGGGUAAACUCGACAACCGGGCAAUUAUAAUCGACAAAGCCCAGGUGGUCGCCGCCCCCCUUCUGCCUACUUCUAGUGGCGGUGCAUUCCAGAGUAUACCUGACACUAGACAUCAAGAGGCUGAGCAACCAGUCAAAACUGCGAUCGACUCUCUUUUGGAAAGUUCUUUUGGCACAGAAGCCUUUGUUCCAAUCUCUCCAUCAACUCAGCCCCUAUCGUUUACUCGAAAGGUUAGGGGAUCGUGUGAGUCAGCUGAGAUGAAUAAAUCUGUCUCCGAGCCGCCACCAGCCUCGCUAUCGGCAUGGGUUGCUGCAACGGAAGUUUUCUCCGAAAAAAAGUCUCUCUCACAAAGUCUGCCUCUAACACCAACACUCCCGACUUCACCUUCGUUAUCUAUCUCACCCAUAGGCUGCCCAGACAUGAAGGUUACUCCAAGUGACCAGCCCACGCCACUGCACUCCUUUAUUCCAGACUUAUCCUUGCCUUGUGGGCGGUCCUUUACGUCUUUUGGCACGCCAUCUAGCAGCUUCAUGCGUGUUGCCGCCUGGGUGCAAAGCAUCAAUGAGGCUGGCAGGUUGCAUACAGUGUCUAUUCGGUCUCAUCAAUUGCCACCAGCCCAUCGAGUCGAGUCCUCGAAGCAACAUCGGCAAUGGCAAUCGCAGCAUCAACAUCGUGACUUAGGUAAUUUCGAUAUUGAUCCGAGGAGAAUAGACAAUCUUAUCGAAGUGAUUGGACGACGUAACUCAGUGGCGUCUGUCUCAUGCUCCUCAAUCUUCUCCUCGGCCAGCAGAGCCGACGAACAUUCAACUCGAGAGUGGGCCGUCCAUUCUGAGAGCCUUUCCAGGGUCCGUCGGCACCGAAGCGCUGGUGCGAACUCGCCUUUGGAAAUCACUUGCCAUGAUACCUCAAGAAACAAGCCGUGUCCCUGCUGCGCAAAAAAGGAUACUGGAGUUCUCCAAAUAGGUGGUAGGGAUGGUUAUGUGGACAUUCCCCAAUGUCGCCGGCAAUCCAAUCGGCAUUUUGCUGAUCCUCAUUUGGUUCGAUCUUGUGAAAGUGAGCACAGGUCAGUCAGCCUAACCUCGAAGACUGAAAGAAUGGCAGUCAACUCGGUACUCAAUGAGCUGACAGAGGGGAAUAAGAAGACGAUCCCCAGCCGGCCAGGGACUUUCGCACAUUUCCAAGGUAUCCAUCGUCAAAAAUCAGCAAUGGGUUCCCAGACUUCGAUGUGUUUAACGAGGGCAGGUCAGCCCAACUUGUCAGCUGCGAUGUGGAAUGACAAAAGUCCCUUUGAGGCUGAGUUCCGGACGGCUAGCAGAGGACCUGGCUUCAGCGAUCCGGACCGCAGCCCUGGUCAGCUCUGUCAGGCGGAAAUCAGUCAUAAGCCCUCAAACUGCCAGCCACCCAAGAACUCUCUUGCAUCGCUUAGCCAAAGGGCCUUCCCCAAUUCACCGGCUGAGGAUUCGCUUAACAAUCCUCCACCUGCACCAGCUUGCUCCAAUGUUGCUGCCCUGGGUCGACUAGGACUUGGGUCUUGUUCUCAUAAGUGGUCAUGCGGCUCCAAAGGCAUCGUAUCUGUCAUCUCAAGUUCGAAAUCUACCUCGGCCUCGUUGCCUCCCCCGCCCUUCAUCAUCCAGCAGGACAAUCUUGCGGGGCUAGACGUCACUAAUUAUAAUGGCACAUGUUUUGCGUCAAGCGUGCAAUCACCUCAAUUAUCCAUCGCAUCUGCUCCUUCCUCGAGUCAGGCUCUUCAUUUUCACAAUCUUACCAACCACGACCAUCAGCAUUUGCAGCACUUAGUCUCGCCGUCUCCAGACUCGUUGACAUCCUGCUGGUCGGGACGCCCGAAGUUCACUCCUACUUCGUCUUGUCUCUCUGGUACCAGCCUCGUCUCCACUGGUCUUACGAUCACUAUGUCAAUACCUCCUUCCACUAUUCUUGCUGACCAUGCUGACUCCGGCAAAAAAUCGCAUCCUCCUUUAGGCAAUGACCUUGUCGGUGGUACAUUAACAACACCGUUUGCCUUGCCCCUAAUGUAUGAUCCGCGAAUCCAAAUAUCACCUUAUUUCGCCUCUCCGAAUGUUUGCACGACUUCCUUAGCUUCUCCGCCUUCACUGGAGUCUAUUCUCGGUCAAAAAGCUGCUUCCCGUGGAGUCGUUGCUCUCCCAAAGGACGGCCAGUUCACCAUGACCCUGUCUAACUCGUCAUCAACUGGCUUCUGGAAGGCUUCUAAGGAACCGGUUUCAGAGAAGAUUCCCUCUUCCACGCCUCCCUCCAACAUUCAUGAAGUGACUGAUGGUCCAAGCAAAGACCAUGUGUCGAUCGGCUGCAAGGGGCGUCGCGUUGGCCGAAGAAAGGCGACAGCGAUUGUAGGCGAGGCCUCAAACAGAUCUCGGGCCUCGCGCUUUUUUACACUGCCCAUUUUCUCGAGCUGGAGAUGGGGCCACUUAAAACAGAAGCCGGUAGUACCAGUGAGUGAUGUGCUGCCCGAGGCAAUUUCCUCUCGAUCUGACCGACACAAGACUAAGCUGCAGGCACACCUGCAGACUGGCGAUGCCUCGACUGAACUUAGUGCCGCCGACGCGACUACGGAUUCCGUGAAGGUGUGUCUUUCGCGCUCGAGGCUGGAGCACGUCUCCGAGACAAAAAAUAGAGUGUUGGCGACUCAGACGAAGAGAGGAAAAUUAUUUGACGUCCAUCCGGCCGGAGCGCGUGAACAGAGUCCCUCUAGGGUUCCAAAUGGUCACCAGACUCUAAGUUCCUUCGGUCUCCUGCAGACAGCUUCUCGAGACGGCACUUGCGAGGCCGUGCCUAGCGCCGGUCUGUCUGGCUGCAUCCGCACUGUUCUUGGUCCAGGAGGC